AACUUGUGUUGGUACCACUCAUGAGAAAAGUGUUUUCUUUGUAGGUACUUGGAGCUUAUCAAGAAAAUGGCCGAUGAUAGCAUUAAAAAGUUGCAAGAGGAGAAAAUGGGUGGUGGAGUAGGAAAUGCACAGGCUGAAAAAGCAAAAGAAGCUGCUGAACGGGAGGAAAACAUGAAGAAUGCCAUCCUUUCACAGGUUCUUGAUCAAAAUGCAAUGGCUCGAUUGAGCAAUUUAUCUGCAGCAAAACCAGAGAAAGCCAGGAUGGUGGAAAAUAUGAUGGUACAAAUGGCAAGAAGAGGGCAGAUAGUGGGUAAAAUGGAUGACGAGACGUUGAGGCAGUUGCUGAGUCGUUUUUCAGAAAAUACUCGACAAACAACAACUGUUAAGUUCGAUAGGAGACGAGCAGCAAUCGAUUCCGACUCCGAUUGA